UGUCUUGGUUAAUAAAUCUCAGGCAUGACAUUGUCGAUAAAAAUUGUUAUUGCGUGAGUAACAUUCUCGCGAUAACAUAUAGGCGUCAAAGUGUCGAUACUUCGAUAUUCUCGCUGGGAUGUGCAUUUUGCGCGUCUCGAUUGUUUAUAUAGGACAACAAGGUAUUUCAAAUAAGUUGCGCGAUGACACACAAUGUAAAAUUACUGAUUUAAUAGUCUAUCUCUUCUUCAACAUGACAGUCAUCGGGACGCAGAUCGACAGUGAUAGAAGACUGUUGGAUUUUGAAAAUUACGAGGAAUACUUAGACUCGCUAGUGAGUCCGGUGGAUAUCUACUAUCUCCGAAGUAGUAAAACCUCGCGACAUUUGGCCGAGCUCGGUUACCGCUGUACCGGCGAGAUUCUAAGCGAAAGGAACUUUUAUCGUCGCUUACAAAUCGUGAAAAAUCUGCUGUUUCCCGUUUACCGUCCUUACGUACUCACCUACGAAUACAUAACGCCCGUCGGUAGGUUAAUGCAGGAACUUGGUCUACGCGAGCGAUCCAACAGAUUGGGUUAUUUGUCGACUAUCGUAUUCGUCCGUCAGUUCGCCACAAAACUACGACAAUUCGAGGAAUCGGCCUAUAUCGAUUUCAGCGACCGACUCAAAUCGGAAAAUUGGUUGCCGUAUUAUCGCGGCGAGAGAAGAUUAUCGCCGCUCAAGCGAGAUCUUGCGUAUUAUCACUGGAGAACAGGAAGGACAUUCUUGAACGAAACUUGCAAUUACGCACCGAUUGUAGAUCCCAAACGUGGUUUACUGUUUAAAAAUAUUCACGAUAGACAGAUGAUUACUGUCGAUCCGACUGCCGCAUCACCCGGUAUAGACACAACAAGAGUACGGAUACAUUGCCCGUUUUAUGAGCACGUGAUAUUAUAUGAUCAUGUGACCAGAAGCAAAAUCAGCCUUGAAAAUUAG